AUGUUUCAGUUUACCCUUGACCCAUGUGCUUCCUAUCUAAGGCACGCGCUUUCAUGCUUCAUGCUGCUGGGCCCCGACCACUAUGUCGAGCUCUGCGUCACAGCAAACGACGUCACAUUGGUAGGAGCCGUAGGUGACCCUGAGGAAGGACGCACGCCUGAAAUCCCAAACGUCGUCUUAGCCCUGCAGUUGACACCUUCCAACUUCCACACUUUUAGCUGCAAUGAGAACGUCCGCCUUGGCUUGGACUACUAUAUGCUGUUCAGGGAACUCUUUGAUGCCAAGGGUGGUGAUUUUCUCAGUCUCUCUGGUGAUAUCAGCCGCGAUAACAUUGACUUUGAGCUCCUCAGUGUCUCAACUCUGGAAAUGAAGGUUGCUGAAAUUCCAUUGCUUUCAAGGAGGUCUGGUCAGAUAACUUUACCUCAGCUCCAAAAAGAACGUCCAGUGAUCAUUGGGAUAGCUGCGGAGCUGUUUAGGGUUCUUAUCCUCAGUUCGCGAGAACGAUUUGGGAUGACAGUUACUGUAAGCGUAAUAGGUAGGCAAGUUGUACUUCAUGGACAAGAUAAGGCGAUUGUUCUCAGGAAGGAGGAUUGUGUUAUUUGGAUUCCUGUGGCGGGUCGAUUUUUCUUGAAGUUCAGUACCGAGAAGGCUAACGCACUGCUGAAUGCUUCAAUUCUGUCAAACAUGGUGUGGUUGUAUGGCCAGUCCAAUGGUCCAUCUUGCAUGCUGAAUUUCCCUUUUGGUAAACUUGGAAGCCUCACGUUUUACUUUGGUGAAGAUAAUGCGGGCUCAGAAGAUGCGGUUUGA